AAUAAGAGAACAAUGUACAGUCCAAUAAGGAGUGAUAUCUGAACAUGGUUUUAAAGCAUUUGAAUAGAUACCUUUCUUUCUCCUCUUGGGACAGUUGAGGCUGCUUAUCAGAAUAUUCAAAAUACCACAGCCGAUCUCACGCUCAAUGACAUAGUUCUGAAGAGCGCAGAGAAAAAUGAAAAGCUGUAAGACUUAAGAUUUCAAGCUCUUGCAUUAAAAAGUUUUACUGAGUUUCAUCAGCAAAAUGUAAAAUACUGUAUGUAAGUGUUGUAAAUUGUCGUGAAGUGGACUGACGGUUAACUGACCCAGAUGUUCAGAAAACAGAAUAACACUGCAAAGGUCAAGAAGUGAUGAGGAAAAGCACAAGAUACUUUUAAAAAUUGUUUUUAUUAAUUGUACAAAACUUGCAGGGACUUGUUUUGUAAGAAGUAAAUCUUUCAAACAGAGUCAAAGAACAUGAGAAAUUGAGAUGAGAGCAAAUAUGUGGUAGGUCAAAGGGCUGUUUGUGGAUGGGAAGUAAAGGAUAAAUACAAAUAUUCAUUUUAAAAGCCAUUAAUCUACAUAUCCCCAAAAAUCUUACUUUGACACUCAAAGCAACAUUAUCAUUAAAACAGAGGUCCUUUUUUACUUCGCUCUUCCUGUUCAAAUAUGUUCGAACAUUCCUGAGUUUUUUGUUUUUUUUCUAAUACACCCCUUUCUCUUUCUGCUGUCCCAGUCUUCUCCUUGUCCCACCCUAACAGUUAAUUCCACUGCCAUUAUAGGAAUGUGAAAUGAAAUGAUGAAAAAGCUGUGGGUGUGUUUACUGAUGGCCACCUAUCACUUUUGAGCAUUUUACUUGAACAAACAAAGGCAGCCAAUGAGAGAAAACAAGCUAAGCCUGAUAUUCACUGUAUAAUGACGAAGAAUCAGCCAGAGAGCCACCUGAAGUGAUCCACAUCGGAACGGAACCACAAUGAAGCUUCCCUUUGUUCUUGUCUUAGUUCUUGCUGGUGCUGCAUCAGUGGCCAUUGAGAAGAGGAUUGUUGGGAGUCAGGACUGUAACAAGGACAGGCAAUACCACGUCGAGAUAGAGUCUGUCCAGGGGGGGAAGUCCUGUGGAGGCGCUCUGCUCAACACCCGCUGGGUCAUCACUGCUUCCCACUGUGCAGAACAGAAAGUGAUAGUGAAGCUUGGCUUAAACAAUGACGUGUCAGGUUUUACAAAAUUGGUGUCGUCCAUAAAAGGAUCAGGCAAGAAAUAUAAGCAAACCAUCGAAACUGACCAUCAGUUUACCUACAAAAACGAGGAGGGGCGUCCCCACGACAUCAUGCUCAUAAGACUGAAGGAGGAUAUGUCUGCGAGCCUUCCCACCAUCGAGCUUCCUCCUGAUGACUGUACCAAACCAGAUCUUAAAAAGCAGGUGAAGAUUGGAGGCUGGGGAAUCGCGAAAAAAGACAAAAAACCCAAGCAUUUGAAGUGCGCCACCACAGAAAUCAGGCAAUGUGGUGAGAAAGAUAAACCUGAUGAUAAAUACUUCAGUGAUGAGACUACCACCAUGUGUGCAUUUAAAGCUGGCGUAGAGACCUGCUAUGGUGAUGCAGGAUCAGCUGUGGAGUACAACAAUCUCUUAUAUGGGAUUAUUGUAAGCAACCCUGUUGAUACAUGUGCAAAAAACAUUGUAAUGCUCAACAUCUGUAACUACAAGCAGUGGAUUGAUGAAACCAUGCAGGCACAUUCAUGAGUAAACCUCACAGUUUAAUACAGAAAUUGGCAGGUGAUAUGAUUAUUGAUAAAUACUUGCAGAUUAUCUUAAAUUCAUAUUAGUUUACUCUAGAAUAAAACUGGGAAUAUCACAGGGAGUCAGUGCCAGGUAUGGUUCCACUGUUUACAUUCUGAUAUUUUACACUGUGUAGAAAAAUAAACUUUUUCAGAUCACUGUAUUAUCCAGAUAUCUCUUUUUAGAAAUAUGUUCAGUUCCUUCUGUCCCUUUCUCUGUCAUGAAUAAAAAAGGUGAUCUCCCAGA